AUGAAGCUCCUUUCAAUCGAGGGCCCGGAGUAUUAUCUAGAAGGACACAAACUUCUCAGUCCUACGAUGGCUUUCUCGGUCAGAAAGACAUGGGAGGCGACAACGGCAUUGAAUAUCAAUAUCACUCGACUAGACGGGACACAGCUUGGGGCUGGUGCCCUUCAUAUCUCAUUGCCAGAAUUCCAAAGGCAGAUGAGGGCGUUCCGAACAACAUCAAUCAAUAUCAGUUCUCUCCUGGCUUUAUUGGCAUUUUUGUUCUCUUUCGGGUAUCAUGUCAGCCUCUUUUUCUUCAUGCCAUUUGUCCCUGUGCGUUUCCCUCGAAUCUCACCGGUGGAUCAAAUCAACAAGAACCCGAAUCCCUCAUUAAUUUGCAAGCUCAAGGCGCACGAUGGUGUACCAGUUCUGCUCGAGGUAUACGAUCCACUUCUUCAACAAAGAAGUCAUGAACCGAGGCAUGCCAACCUUCCCCCGGUCCUACUUUUACCGGGAAUCACCGGAAUCGGCGCAAUGCACAACUUAUAUGCAUUGCCUUUCCUGCACUGCAAAAUGAUAGACUACUUCACACAGCGUGGACACCGCUGCUACACACUCACUCCUCGCUGGGGCUGUGAUCCCAUCGUGGCCCAGGAAGCCACCAUCUUCGACUGCCGCCUCGACGUUGCAGCCGCCAUCAAAUACAUCCGUGACAAAGAACCACAGAAGCCAUAUGUGAUAGCUCAUUGUCAGGGCUCGGUAGCUCUCUGCAUGAGACUCCUAGAUGGGACUAUCGCCAGCUGCGACCUUCUCGGCAUGACCGCAAACUCCGUCUUCAUGAAUCAAGUCUUCGGGUAUUGGAACUCGCUCAAAGGGAAAACCACGCUGUUAAUCCGGCUAUAUGAGUUCCUCGCGGGUAAUUAUUUUCCAAUCAUGAGCAAUGCGGGGAGUGUCCUGUUCCAACGACUGCUUGAUAUUCUCCUGCGCUUCUAUCCUGUCGGUCAUCCGCGAGAUCCGUGUACUUCCACUGCUUGUCAUCGGACUUCCUUUGCGUUUGGCUUGCUCUGGAAUCAUGAGAAUUUGUGCGUAGCUCUUCAUGAUAACAUCCAUCAAUUCUUUGCCGGUACCCAUACAAAGCUGAUGAAACAUGUUGUGAACAUGGGGACCAAGGGGAUUUGUAUGGACAAUGACUUGCGUUCUCUUUUGACCGAAGAGAAUCUGCAACGGCUAGAAGGGUUGCCUAUUCUUUUCAUCUCCGGUACGGACAAUCGAGUCUUCGAUCCAAAGUCUACCCUCAAGGACUAUGGGUUGCUGCGUAGGCGGUUUGGAGAGAGGCCCUAUCGCCGGUUCUUGGCUGAGGGUUAUGGGCAUCUUGACCCUAUUGUUGGGAAAUCUGCUGCUGAAGAUGUAUACUGGAGGAUCUUUGCGCAUUUGAAAUGGUGCAUUGAGAAUGACGAUUCCGUCAAGGGCAAGUGA